CAAUGUCCUGGGAGAAGAAGAUUUUAUUUUUGUUUCUAGGGGAAGGGUUUGGAAUUAGAAGCAGAUGGUGGUUUGACAGGAGUCUACACACUGUUAGUAAAGUGUGUUGGGGCCUUGAAGGGAUGAGGUUGACUUCAGUUUUCUAUUGCAGCAUUUGACAAUUUCAUCUGAAACAACUAGCUUCUCUCUGCUUUGUUAGGAUAGCUGAAGUAUUGAUAACACCAAGGAAAUCUGUCACAAUUUGAAAGAUAAGCAUAAUUUGAUUUCCAGACACUACAGAAAAAGAAGUAACAAUGGCGUUGUGUCUUCAUCACAUCACAAGAAGACAAGGAAGGCGUCCAUUGCGAAUUUUUGUGAAUGAUGAUCGCCAUGUGAUGGCAAAGCAUUCUUCCGUUUAUCCAACCCAAGAGGAACUGGAGGCAGUCCAGAACAUGGUGUCCCAUACAGAGCGGGCUCUCAAAGCUGUGUCCGACUGGAUCGAUGAGCAGGAGAAAGGCAGCGGCGAGCAUGCUGAGUCCGAGAAUUUGGACAUGCCCCCGGAGGACGAGACCAAAGAAGGGGCUGGGGAACAGAAGACAGAGCAUAUGACCAGAACCCUGCGGGGCGUGAUGCGUGUUGGCCUUGUGGCAAAAGGCCUGCUUCUCAAGGGGGACUUGGACCUGGAGCUGGUGCUGCUAUGCAAAGAAAAGCCCACAACUGCCCUCCUGGACAAGGUGGCUGACAACCUGGCCAUUCAGCUCACUGCUGUUACAGAAGACAAGUAUGAAAUACUACAAUCUGUUGAUGAUGCUGCAAUAGUGAUAAAAAAUACAAAAGAGCCUCCAUUGUCCCUGACCAUCCACCUGACAUCCCCCGUUGUCAGAGAAGAAAUGGAGAAAGUAUUAGCUGGAGAAACGCUAUCAGUCAACGAUCCCCCGGACGUCCUGGACAGGCAGAAAUGCCUUGCUGCCUUGGCGUCCCUCCGACACGCCAAGUGGUUCCAGGCCAGAGCCAAUGGGCUGAAGUCUUGUGUUAUUGUCAUUCGGGUUCUGAGGGAUCUGUGCACCCGUGUGCCCACCUGGGGUCCUCUAAGAGGAUGGCCCCUUGAGCUUCUCUGUGAGAAGUCCAUCGGCACAGCCAACAGACCCAUGGGUGCUGGCGAGGCCCUGCGGAGAGUGCUGGAGUGCCUGGCGUCAGGCAUCGUGAUGCCAGAUGGUUCUGGCAUUUAUGACCCUUGUGAAAAAGAAGCCACUGAUGCUAUUGGGCAUCUAGACAGACAGCAACGGGAAGAUAUCACACAGAGUGCGCAGCAUGCUCUGCGACUUGCUGCAUUUGGCCAACUGCAUAAAGUCCUAGGUAUGGACCCUCUGCCUUCUAAGAUGCCCAAGAAACCAAAGAAUGAAAACCCAGUGGACUACACAGUUCAAAUCCCCCCCAGUACCACCUAUGCCAUUACGCCAAUGAAACGCCCAAUGGAGGAGGAUGGGGAGGAAAAGUCUCCCAGCAAAAAGAAGAAGAAGAUUCAGAAGAAAGAGGAGAAGGCAGAGCCUCCCCAGGCUAUGAAUGCCUUGAUGAGGCUGAACCAGCUGAAGCCCGGGCUGCAGUAUAAACUGGUUUCCCAGGCGGGACCGGUCCACGCCCCCAUCUUCACCAUGUCUGUGGAAGUAGAUGGCAGCUCAUUCGAGGCCUCCGGACCAUCCAAAAAGACUGCCAAGCUGCAUGUGGCUGUUAAGGUGUUACAGGACAUGGGCUUGCCUACGGGAGCUGAAGGCAGAGACUCUAGUAAAGGGGAGGACUCGGCUGAGGAGACUGAGGCCAAGCCAGCCGUUGUGGCCCCUCCACCUGUGGUAGAAGCUGCUUCGACCCCCAGUGCUGCCUUUACCUCGGAUCCCACUGCUGAGCAGGGGCCAAUCCUGACCAAGCAUGGCAAGAACCCUGUCAUGGAGCUUAAUGAGAAGAGGCGUGGCCUCAAGUAUGAGCUCAUCUCAGAGACUGGUGGGAGCCAUGACAAGCGCUUUGUCAUGGAGGUCGAGGUAGAUGGACAGAAGUUUCAAGGUGCUGGCUCAAACAAAAAGGUGGCAAAAGCAUAUGCUGCUCUUGCUGCACUAGAGAAACUGUUCCCUGAUGCCCCUCUUGCCCUUGAAGCCAAUAAGAAGAAGAGAGCACCUGUGCCUGUCAGAGGUGGACCGAAAUUUGCUGCUAAGCCGCACAAUCCUGGCUUUGGCAUGGGAGGCCCCAUGCACAACGAAGUGCCCCCGCCCCCAAAUCUUCGAGGGCGGGGAAGAGGAGGGAACAUCCGUGGUCGAGGAAGAGGGCGAGGAUUUGGUGGUGCCAACCACGGAGGUUACAUGAAUGCUGGCGCUGGAUAUGGCAGCUAUGGGUAUGGAGGCAACUCGGCGACAGCUGGCUACAGUCAGUUCUACAGCAAUGGAGGGCAUUCUGGGAAUGCUGGCGGUGGCGGCGGCGGGGGCGGUGGUGGCUCCUCAAGCUACAGCUCCUACUACCAAGGUGACAACUACAACUCCCCAGUGCCCCCGAAACAUGCCGGAAAGAAGCAGCCGCAUGGGGGCCAACAGAAGCCCUCCUACAGCUCAGGCUACCAGUCCCACCCCGGCCAGCAGCAAUCCUACAACCAGAGCCAGUACAGCAACUAUGGCCCCCCGCAGGGCAAACAGAAAGGCUAUAGUCAUGGCCAAGGCAGCAACUACUCCUACUCCAACUCCUACAGCUCCCCCGGGGGCGGGGGAGGCUCCGACUACAGCUACGAGAGCAAAUUCAACUACAGUGGUAGCGGAGGCCGAAGCGGCGGGAACAGCUACGGUUCAGGCGGGUCGUCCUACAACCCAGGGUCACAUGGGGGCUACGGAGGAGGUUCUGGGGGCAGCUCCUCCUACCAAGGCAAACAAGGAGGCUACUCAUCACAGUCGAACUACAACUCCCCCGGGUCCAGCCAGAAUUACAGCGGCCCUCCCAGCUCUUAUCAAUCAUCACAGGGAGGCUACGGCAGGAACGCAGACCACAGCAUGAACUACCAGUACAGAUAAAGCCCUGAGGGUGAAGAUUUGUACCUUCUGCACUUACCCCUCCUCGUUGUAAGAUUCAGUUUUAUGCAUCACAGUUAACAUGUCUGCGGCCCCUCUGGGUCCUCUUGCCCUACCCCGUCCACGUUGCUGUGUUGUGAGGUGCAGCUGGUCACUCUGUGACCCGUUCUGUGACCCAUAUUUAGCCGUGUUUGGGACUCCACGUCUUCAGUGGUUUGUUAGUUGCCAUUACAACUUUGUCCGAGUAGAGUUUUCUGAGUUCUUACAGUUCAGUAUCCCUCUGUCUAUUUACAAUUGGUGUUAGUGUUAACUCAGUUUGUCUUGAAAUAGUUACAGAAGGGAUACCUCAUCUGUUAAUGCUUUUGUGAAGUGAGUUAAACGAGCUUUCUGUAUUUUAAUGCUUUAGUGUUUCAGUUUUUUAAGUGAAUAUUUUAUUUUAAAAACCAGUGGGAAAGAGUGGGGGGGUUUUUUGUAUGUCUGGAUCAUUCAGGCAGUACAUUUGAAUUCAGCUGAAUAUAGACAAAUAAAGAAAAAGAAA